AUUUCUUUUACUUGAGUAGUCCUUUUUUAAGCUUCCCAUAACUACCCAUCACUCUAACAAUAUAUAAAUAAAUGAACAAUGGGAAGAAUCAGCAUCCCAGAAGAGAAGGAAAAACAAGAAGAAGAUGAUGAUGAUGAGGCCUUUUAUCCUUUUCUUUGUCUAUCUCCUCUUCCUCUUCUUCUCCCAUCAAGGCCAACUUUGCGUAGGUUUUCCUGGCAUUCAAUUCAUCCAAGAAACAUGUAACAAAUCCACCCAAAUCGACCCCGUUUUGAGCUAUGAUUUCUGCCUGACAUCUCUUUGGGCAGUACCAGAGAGCCACACCGCGGACCUUCGGGGCCUAGGAUUCAUCUCAUUGAAGUUGGCCACAACCAACGCGACGCACACAAAGUACCGUGUCCGUAAGCUGAACCACCAAACACGGGACCGAUUCACUAAAGAAUGCCUAAAGACAUGCUUGGAAGUGUAUUCAGAUGCAAUUACUGCACUUAAGGAUUCAAUCAAGGCCUUCAAGUACAACAACUUCGAGGAUGUGGAUACGUUCGUGAGCGCCACCAUGAGCGAUGCAGAGACAUGUGAAGAUGGGUUCAAGGAGAAGAAAGGUCUUGUGUCUCCAUUGACAAAAGAGAACACCAAUCUCUUCCAGCUGUGCGCCAUGGCUUUGGCCAUUACACAUCUUGCUUGACUCUCUCUCUCGCUUCUGUUAUGACAUUUCCUUUUCAUGUUUUCUGGAUGUUAGUUUCUUAUGUAAGAACAAAAGCUCAUGCAUGAAUCUGACUUGGGCGUCUCUUCUUCUAUCUA